GACGUUUCGACCUUGGUUCAGCAUAUGAACCAGAUCCUCCAAGACAUCCACGCCACCAUCACAUCUCUAGACCUGAAGGUGCACGAUGAGAAGCUUGAUGCUCUCGAGGCGUGGCGGGACAGCGCCGUUGCAGAGCUUCAGGAGGUCUUCCAGAAGGAGUCUGGCGACCUCAGCCAAAAGCGCAGGGCUGAGCGGGAUGAGAUUACCGAGAAGCGCCGGAAAGAAGACGAGGAGAUAGCCGCCCGUCGACAGAGGGAAGACGACGAGCUUCAUGGUCGCGACCAAAGGAAGGAUGCGGAGCGGAUGACGAAACUCGAGGGCGCCAAGAAGAGCACUGAGGACGAGGCCGAUGCUAAGAUGAAGGAGGUAGAGGACGAGGCAGAACGAAUGCUGCAAGAGAGGAACAAAAAGCUCAGCGAGCUGGGAGAGAAGAGACGGGUG